UUUCAGAAGAAAUAUGCGUGUGUGCUUUGCCAGUGUCCCCCUUGUUAUCCUUUUCUUCAUUGCCUUCUUCUCUACACCUUGCUCAGCCGAUGAAGAUCUGGUCGAAACCUUCAAAAACAUCGAUGUCUUCAAGUUGAGAUCGUCAGCAGGCGCAUGUCCGUUGUUGGUUGUAGGACAGGUUUGCCCUCAGGAGAAUCCGUUGUACUACUUCAAAUGCUGCGGUGAUUUGAAUGCAUCGUGCUGCUUCCGAUUGCAGGAUUGGGUACUUGUGUUGCUACUCGUCUUGGCGAUCUCCAUCGUUCUCAGCAUCAUCGUCAACUUCAUCCGAUGUUUGUGCUGUUACUAAUCGAUGUAUUGAUCAUCACCAAUCGAUAUAUCGAUCAUAUGUGCCGGUCAUUCUCGUCAGCUAGGAAAUGUCGCCAUUUCUAUCUGACGUCGUCUGUAUUUAUGUAGAGCAUUCCCGACGACAUCGAUGUCAUUGUAACCUCUCUCGUAUUUCUAACAAAAUUCGCGCAUUUUUCCAUUUUUUCGUGUUUUUCUGCAUAAUCUGUUUUUUCAAUCACUUGUACUUGCUCAGUCGCCAUACUUGCCUUGAAGAGUGAAAUGUUGAGAGAUGUGAUGAGUGGUAUGUGUAUUUGUGUGCGUAUGAUGCAUGAAUGAAAUCAUGUUCUUUAUGCUGG